AUGAGGUUGGAUAAUUAUCUUAAGAUCAUUUUUGAACUCCCUGAAUAUAUACCGAAAGCUGUCUCAGACAGAGGAUACGUGCUGUUGCUGGGGACGGAGCAAUAUACUACUCGAUUAUUCACCCCCGUAGGUUUGGCUUUCAACCCCUUCAGUAAGAUAUUCUACGUCUGGGGGAAUGCUAUCUUGCAAAGCAAUGACAUGGUGAGCUAUGUAUAUUUGUCUAACUUUCCGGGCGACUAUUCCAUCAAAUAUUUUGUUAUGUCCUUUACUGGCCACAUUGCUUUUGUGACAGACGCAGAUGAGAUCUGGGUUAUGAAAGAAAGCAGCACAGAGAUCAAAAGAGCGUAUCCAUCCGAAGCCUGGUCAUUGUACAAUACCCUGCAAGUGAUGGAAGGCUCACCGGAUCACGACUUGAAUGCCACUCAAGCUAUAGUCACGGUUUUCUUUGACAAGGAUGGGAUGCAAGAGUUGGUUUAUAGGGAGGAACCUGGAACCACUGGAAGGUUAAUCAAGAGGAAAUUCCCUCUGGAUCAUAUCCUGACCUACGACCAGGUGAUCAGCACUCCUCACAAAGGGAUGACGCACAAUUAUUCUGUAACCCACCUCGAGAAGAGGCAGGCUUCUCAGAAGAAAGAUGUGAAGAGCGUUCCUUCCCUUGAACCGGAAGUCCUUUCUGUUUUCGUACCUCCGUUUAUCAGCAAGCAGGAAUUGGAAACAACACAUAUAAACAGUAAUGCGUUCAAUAAAGCCAAGCGUCGCUCCUUUAGAAAGAAGAAAGAGAAAAAUAAGAUUGAAAACACAAGAAUUCUGAACGGAGGAAGCCAGAAGGCUCCUGAGACUGAAGAUAUUACUAUUCCUAAAGAUGUUGACCUUAAUGGAUUGCCACAGCUUUGCUUUCCAGGAGGAUUUCACAUAACGGGUGAAUCCAGGGAAGACCAGUUCCAUUUUCUGGUUUUCACGGAUGUCUUUGGCAACAGAACGUAUGGCGUAGUUGCACAGUAUUACCAGCCUAUGCAAGACGGAUACAUCUCCAAUGGGCAGGCUCAGUGGGACGCUGUACAGACUUCUAGAGCUGCUCCGUUUUUUUUACCAUUCGCAAUUUGUGUCAUAUCGAGAUACCCAUACUUUAAUUCCCUGAAAGAUUGCCUUUCUUGCUUACUGGUGCAUUUGAAACCUUACAAGGAUUUAGAUGUUGAUGACCAUAUAAAAGAAUUUGCAGCCAAGCUCUCCUUAAUACCCAGCCCUCCUCCAGGACCACUCCACUUGGUAUUUAAUAUGAAACCUCUCCAAGUAAUCUUCCCAUCUCGGGAGGAUCCCGAUAGCCCGGUGAUCGAUUUGGAUCUGCAUCUUCCCUUCUUAUGCUUCAAGCCAGAGCAGGUUUUACAGAUAAUAACUUGCAUUUUGACUGAGCGGAAGAUAGUCUUCUUCUCGUCCAACUGGGCCUUGCUUACACUCAUAUCCGAGUGUUUCAUGCAAUACCUGCAUCCUAUUCAGUGGCAGCACACUUUUGUGCCCAUUCUGUCUCGUCAGAUGUUGGAUUUCGUCAUGGCUCCCACAUCUUUCCUCAUGGGAUGUCACAUCGAUCACUUUGAAGAAGUUUGCAAGGAAGCGGAUGAUUUAAUUCUGAUUAACAUUGAUAAUGGGGAUAUUGCUCAGUCCAAGACGUCUGAAGAAGAAUCUGAAAUCCCAGAUAUCCCUCUGCAAGCAGGAAGGAUUUUUAUAACACGGGUGGAAACCCUCCCCCUGCACUAUGAGCUUGAGCUCUGCCACCUUGCUUCCUGUACAGACCUUGGCGAAAUCCAGUUGCGCAAGAGGAAGUGGCAGCAGAGGCUCAAUGCUGAGAUUCAGCAGAUUACCUUGCAGUUGAUCGUCAAUAUCUUCCGGGAGGUGAAAGACCAUUUGAAUUACGAGCACAGAGUAUUUAACAGUGAAGAAUUCAUGAAAACAAGACAAGUGGGUGACCAGCCGUUUUACAGGAAGGUAUUGGAGACCUAUAUGUUCCACUCUUUUCUCAAAGCUCGCCUUAACAGGAAGAUGGACGCCUUUGCACGCCUUGAACUUACCACCCAAACUGAAGAAAACAGAUUAAGUUCAAUGCUUGACAGCCCAAGGAGACUCACUAUGGAGAAAAUGGUUAUCAAAAGGUUUAAUCCUCAGUACAUGAUCAGCAAGCGAAUGGGAAUGAGUUUGCCGAAUCUGCAAGACAUCGGUCCCAUGAACAGCCCAGCUCGGAAUUCUUCUCUUCGACGCAUAAACACUAAGCACGCUUUGAGGCUGGUUUCGAAACAAGUGAGCACUUUCAAGAUCCCAGAAAUCCACUUUCCUCUGGUGGGCCAAUGUGUCCUGUCUUACUAUAUUGAUUUUAUCAACCAUCUCAGCAGAGCUAUCAACAUCGUGUCUCCUGAUAACUCUGUACUUCUCGCGAGAUACUUCUACCUUCGGGGACUGAUUUGUUUGAUGCAAGGAAGGCUUCUCAAUGCGCUUUCGGACUUUCAAAACCUGUACAAGACGGAUAUAAGGAUAUUCCCUACUGACCUUGUGAGGAAAACGGUGGAAGCCCUUCCCGCUUCUGACCGCUCCCAAGCAGAUCAGAAACCAGAGCUGAAGAGACUGAUCAGCCUGGUGUUGGACAAGCAAAGAGAAAUAACCAAGGCGGACGACCACGUGAAAAACUUUGAGCUGCCCAAAACCCACAUGCAACUGGCGGACUUUGUGAAGCGCAUUCAGGAGUCUGGCAUCGUGAAAGACAUAGACACUAUACACCGGCUAUUUGAUGCAUUAACAGUUGGGCAACAGAAGCAGAUAGAUCCAGAAACAUUUAAAGACUUUUACAACUACUGGAAGGAAACAGAAGCAGAGGCUCAGGAUGUCAACCUCCCCCCUGCCGUCAUAGAACACUUAGACAAAAACGAGUGUGUCUACAAGCUAUCAAGCUCCGUGAAAACAAACAAAGGCGUUGGGAAAAUAGCCAUGACGCAGAAACGCUUGUUCCUUUUGACCGAAGGAGGCCGGCCUGGCUAUGAAGACAUCACUACUUUUAGGGAUAUAGAGGAAGUAAAGAGUACGACAGUCGCUUUCCUUCUGCUCCGAAUCCCAACUUUGAAGAUAAAGUCCACGUCCAGAAAAGAAAUGUUUGAAGCCAAUCUGAAAUCGGAGUGUGAUCUUUGGCAUCUGAUGGUGAAAGAGAUGUGGGCUGGGAAGAAGAUGGCAGACGACCACAAGGACCCUCAGUACAUUCAACAAGCACUGACCAAUGUUCUCCUAAUGGAUGCAGUGGUGGGCGCAUUGCAGUCUUCCAAGAUCAUUUAUGCUGCUUCCAAGUUAUCUUAUUUUGACAAGAUGAAGUAUGAAGUGCCUAUGAUGGUUCCCAAAACAACAGCGGAAACCCUGAAGCACAAGAUCAACCCAUCAGCUGGUGAGACAUUCCCACAGGCAGUGGAAGUCUUGCUUUAUACACCAGGAGAGCUUGAUCCAGCAGAAAGGCAUGGAGAUGCUCACCCCAAAUUAUGGUGUGCUUUAAGCGAUGGAAAAGUGGUUGUGUUUGAUGCGUCUACAUGGUCCAUACAGCACUGCUUUAAAGUGGGGAGCUCUAAGCUGAAAUGUAUGGUCAUGGCAGAACAAAGUCAAGUGUGGAUUGGUUCUCAAGAUUCCAUCAUCUACUUAAUCAAUACCCACAGCAUGUCUUGUAAUAAGCAGCUGAAUGACCAUCGUUCUGAAGUUGUGGAUAUCAUUGUGGAGAACAGAGACAACAUGUCCAGUGAGGCAUAUUCCUGCAGCUUAGAUGGCACCGUGAUCGCAUGGAAUAUCAGCACCUUAAAAGUGAAUCGCAGAUUUCAGCUGGCCUGCGAGACACUGACCGCUAUCCGGUUCCACAAUAAUCGCCUUUGGUGUUGUAUAGGAAGCUGUAUCCUUGUGGUCACAACGACUGGUAUUCUUCGCCAGAAGGUAAAAAUAGAAGACACGGCGAGAGACCUGCCUUUGUCUUUGCUGUGCUUCCAGUUGUUCCUUGAGACGGAUCAAAUCUGGGCCUCCUGUUUAGGCAGCAGCGAGCUGUAUAUCUGGAACGCGACUGAUCUCUCUGCACCUUCUCAAAAGAUAACCUUGCAAGACUGUUUGGAGAUCACCUGCAUGAUGAAAGUGAAGAACCAGCUGUGGGUUGGCGGCAGAGGGAUCUCCCAAGGCAAAAUCAAAGGAAAAAUCUAUGUGAUCGACGCCGAAACGAAGAAGGUGGAAAAGGAGUUGGUGGGACACAUUGACGGGGUGAAGGCACUUUGCUCCGCCGAGGACAGAUACGUCCUUAGUGGCUCCGGAAAAGAGGAAGGGAAGAUAGCCAUCUGGAAGGUCGGAUAAUGGCCACAACUGGAUGCCGGAGGGAGGUUUCCGUUAGGAGUGCACUCUUACCUGUAUAUUUAUAUUUAUCUUAUUGGAUCACUUUUAAAGAUCAUAGUGUGGCUCUGGAGUGGAAGAUGGGAAUUUCUAUUUCUAUUUUAUGAUG